GUGUGUUAGAAAAACUGUCCAAUGAAAGUUUAGUACGAAAGUGAAAAGAGAAAUUAUAAGUACAUAUUCACUGGACCGUGAAUGACUUUUUUGUUCUAGUGUAUGACAUAUGUGUUGACGGUUGGUCGGGAGUUUAUAUGUUUUAUUGUGUAUGGAAGUUCGCGAAAGAAAUGUCUUUUAACAUGCCGACCUUGCACCAACGUAACGUGUAACCUAUGAUCGCAAUAUCAGACUACAAAGCGAUAGAGCAUCAAAUAUGGAACGAGUCAGAUCACGCGUACACAGAAUUAUACAUAGAAAAUGUGGAAAACGAAGAGCGGAACACAACAAAUUACAUUUACCAUGUUAUUAAAAACAUAGACGGUAAAGACAAGACAAAUUGUAGUCACAAGAAUGUCACAAACGAAGCGUGUAGUGUAAGUGAAUAUGAAGCUUUCGAAGUUGCUGUGGUUAUAAUACUGUGUGUUUUAAUAGUAAUAACGGUCAUAGGUAAUACUUUGAUUAUAUCAGCUGUAGUGACUACUAAGCGAUUAAGGACUGUUACUAAUUGUUUUGUUACGAGUCUGGCAGCGGCUGAUCUGCUUGUUGGAAUCUUUGUUAUGCCACCGGCGAUCGCUGUUCAUAUAAGAGGUAAAUGGGAGCUUGGCUGGAUUCUAUGUGAUAUCUGGAUAAGUCUAGAUAUUCUACUGUGCACUGCAUCCAUACUCUCACUCUGCGCUAUCAGCAUCGAUAGGUACUUGGCAGUAACCAGACCUCUCACAUACUCCCGACGGCGGAGAUCGAAAAAGCUGGCCUUAACUAUGAUCUUCUUUGUAUGGAUCUCGGCCGGUGCUAUCACGUGCCCACCUAUGUUUGGAUGGUAUGAACCCGAUCACAAUCAAGAUGGAGUCUGCAGAUACAAUCAAAAUCCAGGAUAUGUUGUUUUCUCAGCAAUGGGGUCGUUCUUUCUACCAAUGAUUGUCAUGGUAUACGUGUAUGCUAGGAUAUCCUGUGUUGUUGCAAGGCGGCAUCAGCAAUUAGCGAGCACAGCAAGUAAAUGUAAUAAAAAAGGAAAUUUAUCCUGCAUCCGAACGGAAUCCGACUCCAGUUCCGACAAACUUUCCUUACGCCAGAAUGCGUCCAAGCAACCUUCGAAAAGCUCAGCGCAGCAGAGCCAGUCGUCCCAAGAGCAAAGGUGUCCCUGCUGCUUCAAGACUGAGAAGCGGCGGCAGUCGAAGAACUACAAAUCCAAAGAGAGGGAAUCGAAAUUCUCCAACGACGUGACAUUUAAAGCCAAUUACAAAUAUCGUAACUCAGGCCGCAACAGGACGCAUUCAGUGAAAGAGCACAUAGAAAACAACAGAGUGUCCUCACUGAGGCGAGAGACGAAGACCGCGCAAACUCUGAGUCUCGUGGUAGGGGGUUUUGUGGCCUGCUGGUUGCCGUUUUUCUUGUACUAUUUGCUGACCCCGUUUAUCCCGAACAGUUAUGUCAAUCCAGUGCUGAUGUACGUACUGACGUGGCUGGGAUGGUUCAAUUCGGCCAUCAAUCCUUUUAUCUAUGCGUUCUAUUCUCCAGACUUUAGAUUAGCGUUUUGGAGACUAACAAUAAAAAAGUGUAAGCGGAAUAAACGUUGAUUCGUCUAUUUUAUAUUUGGGACAUAAAUUGAACAAUGUUUUUCACCAA